UAAAAAUAAGCUCCAAUGUGAGUUUGGGCUCUUAUUUCCCCCGACACUUUUUAAUUAAAAUUGUAUUCUUUAAAAACCUUUUAAAGACACAAACAAAAAAAACAUUUAAUAUCAGUUUUGCACUGCGUAGCUUCAGUACUUUUCAAAUUCCAUGUGGGACUCAAUAGCUUUAAAUCCUUUUGUCCAAAGAUUUUUAGCAUAUCUUGCAAGUCGCUGCUGUCUGUGCCAGUCACCGCUACGACCAUGGUGCACGUAAAUUAAACGGCUGCAAGGCAGAUCUAUUCUCGUCAUAGCAUAACGUUUAAACUACAACACUUAAAACGUUUUGAUCCACUAAUGAAGAAGUACAAUGAUUGACUACAAAUUUUAGUUUUGCAUUUGGCUCUGACAUUUGUUGUGCUUUUCUCUGAGCUGUUUAAAAAAUCAUUUUAAAGGAACGUUUAGUGAGAGGACUUUUGCAGAAGUCUCAGUUGGUUUUAACUCGGUGUAUCUUAAAAAACAUGCCAACAAGUGUUUCUACAUUUUGUAGCGUCUGUUUUCACGGUCACCAUCCAAGUCAAAGCGGAAUAUUAAGUGUCUGCGAUCGAGAAAAAAAAACUAUACAAAUUAAAAAUUACACUCUAAAUGCAAGAGCUGUGUGACAUUGUUUAAGCUGCAAAUGUCGAUGAAUAAAAGUCUUAUCUAAAUAUAUUGCCACAAGGACAAUCUCAGCCCUGAGAGUUAUGAAGACGUGAUGUACUCACUGACCAAUGUUUAAUCUCUGUAUUUAGAAUUUAUCGUUAAAAACAGCUCUAUAUAAUAAUAAUAAUAAUAAUAAUAAUAACCUAAAUUUGUGGUGCACUCUUCAAAAUCGAGUUACAAAGUUCUCUUCAAGGUCAGCAAUAAAACAAAUUUAAAAACGGGCAUGUUGUAGAAUAAAGGUCCCGACACACCAAGGAGAUCGUCGCCCUAGUCUUUGCUGUGUGUCCGGCUCCUUCGCUACCCAUCGGCCUUUUUUCGGGCCGAUCCAAAAUGUUGAAUGUUGUUGGCCGGCGUGAUUGGUGAGAGGAAUCUCUCCGAUCGGCUGCUCAGCUAAGCGAAUCGGUGCACGAGAAGAAAAACGGAAGUGAUGAAAGCAACUAAACGACUUCAGUCGAGAGGGCACACUACCAUGGAUGUAAUAAGAAGGCGCACACAUGGACCGCUUAUCUCACAUGUGUCAUCAUCUCAUCUGAUCACAAUAUUUUAUUAGAACAACACGGCGUUCUGGACGGUAGAAACAGAAGAACAGCUGAUCGCAAUGAUCCAGGAGAGGCCAUCUCUGUACGACAUCACAGAGAAACGUUAUGCCAACCGAGAGGUUAAAACGGCACUGUGGCUCGAGAUCGUAAAUAAAAUGAUUAUAUCAGAGAAAGAGCUCAAGAAGAGGUGGGAUUCUCUGAGAACCCAGUACGCCCGCUACAAGCGACUUGCUCCACCUGGAGGCUCUGGAGCCCAGAAGAGUAGCAGGCAGCAGUGGAUCUUGAACCGGCUGCAGUUUUUGGAGCCACACACAAAGAGGAGGAAGACCCGUUCAAAUCGUGCUAUCAGGAAACUGGCUGACUCUGACUCGCCCUCUGAUGGCACCAGCAGCGAGGCCGGAACCAGGUCCCCUCUAGAGGAGUCCAGCACCUCUCUGAAGGAGCCCAACGUCUGUGAGGCUACAACAGGGACAUGCACUCGUCUGGCAGAGUCCACCAUCUGUGGAGAGGACUCUCGAUCUGAGCCGUUGCCAACCACCUCUAGGUCGGUAACUCCCAGGCCUCGGGCGAAGAGAAGCAGAAGGAUGCUCGACAAGUCUGCCAGUGAGGAGUCGGCUUACUUACUCCGGACAAUCAGAAAAAGCCUGGAGGGUCUAGCUUCUGAGAAAGACACAGAUGACAUUGCUAUGUAUUGCAAGAACUUAGAGAAAAGAUUGCGGAAGUUGCCUCCACAUGUGCGGCCAUAUUUACAGCAUGAGGUGGACAACUGCCUGUCUAAAUAUUUAGCAUACCAGAGCCAGUUAACUCAGUUGUAAAAGAUUGAUAUUCUUUUAUUGUAUGUCUUUAAUUGUACAUAUUUUAUUGUAUUUAUUGUAUGCUGCUUUAUGACUUUGUUAUAUUGACAUAAAACGCUUUGACUUUAAUAAAGAGAAUUGCACAUCUUUGGCAAUAUAGAAAGAUAGAUUUACUUUAUUGAUCCCAAACUGGGAAAUUGUGGUGUUACAGAAGCAGGCUAUCAGAGCCAAUAAAACAA